AUGCAAACAGCAUCGAUUAUUGAAGUUUUGAAACUGGUCUUAACAAGAGUUUUCAAUGGUCUCUCAACUCUUUCGAAUCAAAGUUCAGGUCCUCAUGAGGAAUGGUUUGUACUAUAUCGUUCUUCGCGGGUGUAUAUACAUAAACUGAAUGAAACGAUGCUGAAACAGCAUCGCGAUUAUUCAAGCUCAGUAGACCACAGCGAGACACUCAGCAAAAGAAAGAUCACCCAGACACCCACAAACGUGCCUGACACGCAGCAGAAACAAAGCAUGCGCGUGAAGUAG